UUAUAACUUAUAAGUGGAUAAACCGUCGAGGAUGGCUGAUCAGAAUAAGAUUAAGUAUUUUCGUAGAGAGAGGCUGUUUUUUAAGAUCGGCGGUAUUUCUUUAGAUGCACAAGAAAGUUUGCCGUACAAAAUAUACUCCAGGAUAGUUCUGUUAUUCGUUUUUAUUGUAUACCCUGUAAUGAUUUUUGCCGAUUUAUUUAGCAGAGACUUUAAUGAAUCUCUUAAGGAAUGGUUUUAUGGACUAGUAACUUUGAUGGAUUGUACAAUUUUAAUUAACAUUUUCUGCAUUCGGAAAAGCUAUCAGAGGGCGUUAAUGGCGUUUGAGAGGUCGUCGUUUCAUGCGAACAAAUCUCGUGGAAGAUAUGACGAAGAAAAGAAGAUGCUGCAGGAUUGGUUAGCGAUAUCCACGCGACUCGUGAGAGGGGCAAGCAUAAUGUUUGACGAUAAUCAGCAGGUUAAUGUUCUAGAGCUACACCUUUGUUAUACUAGUCUUAGUAAUUUGUGGCAGUCAAAUCUUGUUCAGCAUCGUCUGGCGUAUCAUAAAGUCGGAUCCUAACG